AGUGGCCGAGGCCAUUCUAUGGGCCGAUACGCGCCGAUCUUGCAUCAGAAUACACUCUGACCAAAAUUUCGUUUUCAAUCUCAUCUCGCCGUCUUCAGAAACAACAUUGUUAGAACAAGUUUAGUCGUAAAACUUCCAAACCCAUAAACCAAACACAAUCAAUUUACGAAAAUUUUGAAGAAUGAGACGACGACCUGGAAUUGGAGGUUUACAGACCGCAGCUGCUGCAAGGGAUCAGUAUCGAUUACUGGGAGAAAAUGUAGCAAAGCUUAGAACUGAUCUCAUGAAAGAGCAGCUUGCCACCUUUCGUUCUCAGCUGGAAGAGUUUGCCCGUAAGCAUAAGAAUGAUAUACGCAAGAACCCCACAUUCAGGUCACAGUUUCAUGAGAUGUGUGCAAAAGUUGGAGUAGAUCCCUUGGCGUCAAAUAAGGGUUUCUGGGCAGAGCUUUUAGGGAUUGGUGAUUUCUAUUAUGAACUUGGGGUACAAAUUGUUGAGAUUUGCUUGGCAACAAGACCCCACAAUGGAGGUCUAAUCAACAUGCAGGAACUCUGCACUCUCCUCCGGCAGAGGCGAAAAAGUGAUCGUGAAGCUGUAUCUGAGGAUGACUGCUUGCGUGCUAUAAGUAAGCUGAAGGUAAUGGGUAGUGGUUUUGAGGUGAUUUCUGUUGGAAAGAAAAAGCUUGUCCGCUCUGUUCCUACUGAGUUGAACAAAGACCAUAAUCAAAUUUUGGAGUUGGCCCAGGCUCAAGGUUUUGUAACUGUUGAUGAGGUAGAGAGACGACUUUCCUGGACAACUGGUCGUGCCAUUGAUGCACUUGACACGUUGUUAGACGAAGGUCUUGCUAUGAUUGAUGAUGGCCACAGAGAUGGCAGACGACGGUAUUGGUUCCCCUGUGUGUCUUCAAUCACCUCAUCAGUUGGAGUUGAUACUUAGCAUAAUGUUUCCUCUUUCAAUGAAAUUGUAUUAAAUAUGUCAUUCGUGGAUACCCGAAAGACGAAGUGCAAAAUGGUAUUAUAUAUCUCCUUUUCCACUUUUGCCAUCCUACAUGGUUAUGAUGUUCAUGGAUAUAUGUUAAAAUUUUAAGCCAUUUUUCCCAUGAGAAUAUUAUGUGCCAUCUUUCAAGGUAAAUGAAAAUAAAGACAGUUCAUGUGGAAAAA